GAAAGUUAAAGAAGAGUCUAAUGGAUGGAAACAGCCAGACCAUAACAUGGACCUUUUUCUUCUAGUUGCUCUCAUGUAUGAUUCAUUAUUUUCCAUACUUAUUACGCUGUACCGUGGGAACAGAUAAAAUGGCAAAUAUUGUGCACCUGCUUCUCAUUUGGACUCUGUGUUUAUUUACAAGCUGCUUCAGUGAAUAUUAUUGCCCAAAGGGAGCAAAAAUUGACCGUGAUGGCUUGCGCUGUUACUGGAUGCCAACAUUUACAUCAAUGUGGCUGGAAGCAAGAGGCAUCUGUCAAAGAGAGAAUGAAGGAGAUCUUGCUAUGGUGGACAGUGUGACUGUUCAGACCUUCAUACAAAAUUCAUUUCAAAUGGAAGCCCCCGUUUGGGUCUGGCUGAGAAAUGGAAUGGCACAGGCUUUGUUUGAUGACUUGGAUGCUAUAACCUUUCAGCCUGGCGACAGAGCAAUAAAGCUGUGUACUUCAAUGGCUCUGGCCACCGGACAGUGGAUGAAUGAAAAAUGUGAUAACGGAAAUUUCAUUAUCUGUCAGAAACGGAUAUCGGUGUCAUUGCCAUCAUUGGAGAGCUAUGUGACAGGUGUACCACUAAUGUCAGCCAUUUACACAGUGUCCCAGAUUCAACUGCUACCUUCUCCACCAGACCCAGGACAACGCAGGGUUGAGAUUAUGUUGUUCCCAGGUCUUUGGUUCAGUCAUGAGGGUCAAGUUAUAUCUUUGGAUUUGGUGGCGCAGCCAAGUGAUCAGGUGACCUUUGCUAGAGUGCAAAUCUUACGGCCAUACUGCAGCUUAACUCAUCACCUAGUGCCACCAGGUUGUAGUUCUCUGCUGAAUGCCUUCAGCUGCUGUACUCUGAUGCCUAUGUGUAACACCACUGGUGCCUGUGCCAGCGGGCUGUACUGGUGUCAUCUGCUGGAGAUCUGUCUACCCGUCACCAGUCCAUGCAGCCCUUACCACUCUUCUAACAGUGGUCGCGUGUUCCCCCUCCCACCCCGCUACCCUGCCGCAUCACCGUACUUUCACUUGAUGGCAGACAUGGCAUUGAAACUGGAACCAAGCGCAGACCACACAUAUAUCAGUGUUACAACUCAAGACAAAGACAUCACAGUCUAUCCCGAUGACAUUUUGGCAGUGCAACACAAUAGAAGAGCAGGAGAAUUUCUUCAUUGUGUUGCUAGUACCAGCUCGACCUGGCGCCAGAGUUACCUCUCAUUGCAUGGGCCUGAAUGGGGAGGCUGGGUAGAAGGGGUUUUGUCUGCCCAGUCAGGAGAAGGCCAGUGGCUAGACGGUGUUGUAUGUGACAUCCGUGUGAUUUAUGAGGACACUAUGUCUCACUAUGGCAUUCCAACAAUACCCAGCACAAUGCAGACUACUGUACAAACCAACGGUCCAAUCAAAGCACAUUGUCCUGUCACAGGGUUACAGUUGUUACAUCCAAAACUUGACAAAAACAACCAAAUGCAUGUUGCCGUUAACGCCCCAACACUUAUUGUCAUCAAAGUUACUUCAGGAGAAAGCGCAACCAGCUCCUGGUCAGCCCCUGUGGAUAAGAAUAAAGUCUUGUUCCAUUCCUUUUGCCCCGCUGAGAUGCCUGAGACUAAAGUAGUAUGCGUGAGGUCUCCAGACACGUGGUUCUCUCACGUGUACAUGGUGCUUUCAGGUGAAGUGGAACAUCUGCUAAACAUCACGGCUUCAAACAGCAACAACUUCCAGACUCUUAGCGUGAGAGUCGUAGGUCAUAUUCCUGUUACUGGGCUGAGCAUCCAACCUCAGGGCGUCAGCAGAGUUCUAGUGGACGUUCCACAGUUGUUUACAGCUUCAGUAGCCACUGGGUCAUCGGUGAGCUUUUCGUGGGUUAUUGAUGACUUGGCGCAGUUUCCACACACAGGAGACUCUUACAGUGUGGUUUUUAAGAAACCGGCAGAAUACAAGCUUAAGUUGAUUGGAAGGAACCCUGUGAGCUCUCAGUUAAUUGAGGUCAAGAUUACAGCUGAUCUAAUGACCCCACUUGCUGACCUGGCAGUAAUUUCCAUGCCAGGGGCCAUCGCUGUACACACCUCAUCUGUCUACACUAUUCGAGUUAAAGCUGACAUCUCUAUAGGUGUUACAAUAAGUUGGGAUUUUGGUGACAGUACGACUUCUGUCAGUCACACAGUUUCUGCUGCCUCACAGAUGAAAGACAGCUAUGAACACCAAAUUGUCAAACACAUCUAUCUUCAGGACUCUGCCCACCAUGCCUAUUCUUUCCAAGGUGACUACACGCUGAAAAUAAAGGCUUACAACGAAUAUGACCAUAUUGAAAAGGCUGUGUUUGUUAAAGUAAGAGCUCCACUAUCAAGAUUGCUGGUGUCAUCAUCUCUCAAUGUCUGUCAAGUCAACAGCAGCAUCUUGUUUGAUGUCACUCUAUGGCCUUCUUCAUACGGAGUGCUUUACUCCUGGAAUUUUGGUGAUGACUCUAAAGAAAUUAAGGAAUAUAACAGUAAAGUCAGACAUGUUUUUAAAAAACCAUGUUCAUACAAUGUCACCGUCUGUUCUAAUAACACCCUGUCAGUCUUGUGUAACUAUACAGAUGUGGAGAUAGUUGAGUCUGUCUCUGGUCUGUGGCUGAAUUACACUGGCUCCAUUGAACUCAACAGCAUCUUUGAAAUCAUUGGCAAAGUGUCUUCAGGCACAAGUCUAAAAUGGACUUUUGAAUUUGGAGAUGGUUCAGUAUUUAAAGAUUACUCUGAAUGCUCAGUCUCUUACAUUUACAAGUCUCCUGGAAAUUACACGGUUCAUGUUACCGCUUAUAAUUCUGUAAGUAGGGAACAGCAGUCAGUCAAUGUGGAAGUCUUUAAGUUAUUUAUAAGUGACAUUUUGCCAUCAGGCUGCAUUGCGAGUAUAACUGAGAUUGAUUUUGAGGUAUUAGUCAAAGGCUUCAUUCCUAUUUUGACUUUUAACUGGGAUUUCGGAGAUGGUACGCCAACGUCUUUUGUUAAAGGAACUGCCACAGUCACUCAUACCUUUCUAUCUUCAGGGAUUUUCACAGUUGGUGUAAAUGCUCGUAGCCCAGUGGGUUCGGUCUAUUAUCAAACCAGCAUAUGUGUUGAGGGCCGAAUAACAGAUGUUGAAUUGCAGUCAGCCAAGAGUACUGUAGCUGUGAGCGAGGAAAUAUGCUUUGAUGUUUCUGUGACUCCCAAAGAAGGGGAUUAUAUGUUUUGGUGGAACAACAACUUUUCUAGUGAUGCCCCAGUCAUAGGCUUGUCACACCAUUGCUUUGUUUUUUCAGCAGAUGGGUUAUAUGAAAUUUCAGUGCAGUCUGGUAACAAAGUCAGCAAUAAAACUGCAAAAAUGACAAUCUUUGUUCAAAGGCCCAUAUUUGAUCUAUCCAUAAAAUAUGAAGGUAAUCAUGUUGCAUUGACUGUAAAUCAGUCCACUUACUUUUGGGCCGAGUUUUCUGGGAGGAUAGAUGAUUUUCAGUGGGAUUUUGGGGAUGGUUCGUUAAAAAUGGUAGGCCGAAAUCAAUCACACAUUUUUCGUUUUCCUGGGAGGUUUCGCGUGACUGUCACUUCAUCGAAUGCAGUAAGUUCAGAUUCAGUUUCUGUGGAAGUAGAGGUGCAGACACCUCUGACAUAUUUAACAGUUAAUACCAGUCGGCCAUUUGCAGAAGUAGGAACAGAGAUACUCAUAAAAGCUCAGACUGAUAUUAUUGACAAUGUCAAGUUUCACUGGACUGUGAACUCUUUGUCACCUCCAACACUUGGAACAUCAGAGUUUUUGUAUGUAUUUCCUAAAGCAGGGGUAUUUCAGGUUCAAGUCACAGCACAAAAUCUUGUCAGUCUUUUAGAAACCAAAUUUGAUAUUGAGGUCAUAGAGAGAAUAGAUGAAGGUCAGAUCCGAUGCAAGGGCUUGCAGUCUGCAAAAUAUUUCCUGACCAAUCAAACGGUUGUAUUAACAGCAUCUGUCGCACAUGGUUCUAACUUGACAUAUGAGUGGCUAACACGGCAAAGUGGGGUUUACAAAACUGUAAGUAAUAGCAAACAGUUUGAGCUAUUAACUAACAAUCCCGGUGAUAUUCAUGUCAAAGUGUUGGUAUCCAAUGUUAUUGGAUCGGUAGAUAGUGAACUUUCAUUGAGAGCUGUGGAGUUUGUAUCAGGUGUUAGCAUUUCAUCACCAGUGAAUGUUUUAACAAAAGACAAGGCAGUGAGGAUUUCUGUCAGUGUAGCAUCUGGAACAGACCUUCAGUACUCGUGGUUCCUCGACUCUGAGCACAGUCCUGUAAUAUCAGACGUGCCCUUUAUUCUGCAUACCUUCAAUGUUAUUGGUGUGAUCAAGCUCAAAGUGUCAGUCUUGAAUAUGUUUGGGUCUGCUGACGCAACCAAGCUACUCGAUGUUCAAGAAAGGAUUUCUGAAGUGGACUUCACGAUCAACGAACAAUCCAAACCAUUUUUUGUAACAUCACAUAGCCUCCUGUUUCUCCGAGGCUUUGCAAAGACAGGAAAUGUGCUACACUGGGAAUGGGCUUUAACUUUACACAACAAUACUGUUGUUUUUCUAUCUGACAAUCAAACGGUCAGUUAUUCUUCCGUGGAUGUUGCAGAUCACCAUGUUUCACUUAAUGCGUCAAAUGACAUUAGCUGGAAAAUUGUUUCAUAUACUGUAUUGGUUCAGGACGCCAUCCAAGGACUUUCGCUAAGCAUUAGCAACAGCGUGGUCUGUGAAAAUGAUCCGGUUACCUUCAUACCAUUGGUCUCCCAUGGAAGUGAAGUUUCCUUUACAUUGGAAUUUGUGAAUGAAAGUUCCUCCGUGGACAUUCAGCAGAAUUUCACCACUUCAGCUCUUUCAGUUGGAAACCACCUGGUGAGAGCAAAAGCGAAAAAUAAAGUCAGCGAGCAAAUGGCAACGGUAACUGUGCAAGUGGUGGACAAAAUUAAAGACUUGCAUUUGUUUGGCUGUUGCUCCGUUGUCCUAGAAGCAUCCAAAAACAUUACAUUUCAAGUUGUAGAAAAUAGUACCUCGCAAGUCAAUUACCACUGGACUUUCCUAUUAAACGGAAUCUUUUCCUCACAGGAAAUCGGGCAAAAUGUUCACUUCACACCAAUUACUAAUGGAUCCCUGUCUAUAACAGUGAAAGCAGACAAUGGCUUCUGCUCGCAGUCCCUGAGCAUUACAGCCAUAGUACAGAAGCACGUGAGGGAAGUUAAGCUUCUUAGCUCCCAUGAUGGAGCCUUUAUAGAUUAUCCAAUACAUUUCGUAGCUAUCACUGACGGAGGCAGUGACCUUAAAUUCAUUUGGGAUUUUGGCAAACCCAGUGGAGGAACCCUGGUUACAGAAUCCAAUGCACAAGACCACAAAUAUAAUGUAACUGGUCGAUUUGUGGUGCAUUUAACAGCUUUCAAUAACGUAAGUCAGAUCUCGACGCAAAUCUCAGUUGAAGUACAAAAAUUAGAAUGUACACAGCCUCACGUCUACCUUGUGGAAGAACUAUCUCAAAUAGUAAAAUCCAGAUCAAGCCUCUUUGAAGCAAGAGUGGACCUUAAAGGUUGCAUUACACGCAAAGCAUUAUAUCAGUGGGAGAUCUUCAAGGGCCCUGAUUGUUCAGCGAUGGUCAAGAUAACCGUAAAUGAUUUGGUGGAUGUUACAACACCCCUUCUUUUUCUGCCAAAGCACAGUCUAAAAGUAGGAAACUACUGUCUGACAUUUACCACCAGACUUCAGGGAACUCCUCUAAAACACCACAAGACCAUAAACAUCACAGUGGUCCACAGUCAACUGGUUCCUAUGAUCAAAGGUGGUUCUCACAGAAUCUGGUCAAGUCAGAAAGACCUGUUACUGGAUGCAACCGAGUCUUGUGAUCCAGAUUCAGUAAAGGAUGACAACCUGUUUCGAUUUCAUUGGGAUAACACCAUAGAGAACACCACAACAACAUCUUCAAUCUUUUCCACAUUUCAUCAACCUAUCACAAAAAAUGGCAGUAUUCUUCUAAUUCCCAGAAGUGCCUUAUUUCCAGGAAUAGUGUAUCACUUCACUCUCACCCUUUACAAAGACGGGCGGCAACCUGUUUCUGCAUCACAGACAGUCACGGUGUACGAAACUGCGGUGUUACCUGUGGCUGUAAAGUGCACUUCCUGUUAUUCUCUGUUUUCGUUCCAUGUGAGUCCCAGCCGGAAUGUUGCCUUGGCUGGCCAUUGUUCUUCCUGUAAAGACACUGUACAGUACACAUGGGGCGCAGAGAAUCAGAGAGGUGAACCUCUGCUUCUGUAUGAAGUCACUACCUCCACAGGAAAACACUCUAAACACCUUGUCAUUAGACCAGGGGUGUUGAUGGAGGGUCAUGAAUACACUUUUACUCUCAAUGUGUCUGAACCCUCCUCUGGGCUUUGGGGGUCAGCAAGCAUCAACUUAAUUCCCAACCGCCCUCCGUACGGGGGUAUUUGCACUUUGUCACCAGAUGACUCGCUUCAUUUCUUGGAAACCAUGGCCUCUUACAAUUGCUCAGGUUGGAUGGAUGAUGAUGGUGAGUCAGCUCAGCUGAUAUUUUCACUGCAGGUGGCACAGUGUGAAGAUUUUGGACCAUUAUGUCCCUUGCUUACCCUUUAUAGAGGCACUCAUAGCAUUUUUGGUUCCCUGGUGCCAAUGGGUAGUGCAAGCAAAAUGGAAAACAGAUCUGCUAUUCACGUGCUGGUGAAGGUUGAGGACAACAUGGGGGCUUCUGUCAUCGCAGUAAGAAAGAGCCUGACAGUGCUGUUGAGUGAACGUCACUCAACUGAGUGGUUGAGGAACAGGAGCCAAUCAGAGUUCAGGGCUUUACUUCAACAAGGCAACCCGCAGGAUAUCAUACAGUAUUCUGUUGCCCUGACCAGUCAACUUAACCAGCUUAAAACCGUUAGCUCUCAAGAGCUGGAGGACAAGAUUCAGAUGCGAGGAAAUGUGACUCGAGCCCUGGCGUCUCUGCCGGUCUCUUCCAUCCAAGAUGCAGCUCAGAUCAGCUCAGCCCUGGCUCAAUCCACCGCAAUUCCCUCUGAAGUGCGGUGCAAGAGCUGCCACGCGAAGGUUCUGAAGGUCACAGGGAAGAUGAUCAAAGUGAUGAGAGAACAAACAGGACAGAGUGACAUCGACCCCACAGACACCGGCAGGAACAUUCUGAGUGUUCUAAGUAGCACACUGACUGCUGAUCACAGCCACAGAAGUCAUUCUAGCCUCAAGCAAUCGCAUACAUCAGCGAUGGCCGCAUCAACGCUUAGUCAGAUAUUAGAGCUCAUGCGCUCAUUAAUGAUGUCGCGGAUGCGUGGGGAGGAGGCUCUCUCCCUCGCCGUUCCCAAGAUCAGCGCGGUGGGCGUACGGGGUGACCCUACUAAAGAUCUGCUCUGCGCUGAUCCCUUCAGCAGCUGCCAGUUUUACGUCCCAUCAGCUCUGAGCUCUCAGCUGAAGGAAAAAAACCAGGAAGUUCUGCAGAUCUUUCUGGAAAUGGCAGCCGAUGAAAACCCAUUUAUUCAAGAUGCAGAACUGCCUUUAUCUACUACGCUUGCAGCCAUGGAGUUUGCUACAGCGCAGGGUCAGCCCAUACCGAUUGCCAAUCUGACAUCAGACACUGCGAUACAAUUUACCUUGCACAAAAAAAGAAGCGAGACGGAGGAUGAGAGGUUGCUUGGGGAAAAGUUUACUCUGCCUACUAAAGGGAGUGUAAAUUUUACAGUCAAAGCCUUGGAAACAGACCCUCAGGCUGGCCUCUAUGUUUCACUUAACUUCAGUCUCAUACCAGGACCUAGCAAGACAGCCUCUGGACUAGUCUGGAUAUCUGUCUCUGACCAAUCAGAUCAUUCAUCUCAGCGUGUUCAUUCUAAAGCCGUCACCAUUGCUCUCUCAUCUGAGACUUCAUCAUUGGAGCACACCAUCUUUCUCACACCACUUUUGAACGGUUCUGCUAAAGAUCUGUUUGUGAACCUGACAAGCAGCAUCGAUACAGAUGUGUCCAUCUCUGCGCUCGUGUUCAGCGCUUUGUGUCGGUUCUUCAGUGUGGAUGAGAAGCACUGGAGCAGUGAGGGUUUGAGACCCCUGAGUAACAGCAGCCCUCACGUUGCCCGCUGCCUCACCGAGCAUCUCACCAUGUUUGGAGCCAGCCUCUUCGUUCAUCCAGAGACACUUCUGUUGCUGCCACCUUCAGAGGAGCCGGUGAAAAACGUGAUGGUGGGAAUAGUUUGUGGAGUCUUGCUACUGAUUCAUCUGCUGGUUGGUCUUAUCGCCCACAAACUGGAUCACCUGGAAAGUCUGCGCCUGUCUUGUGUCCCACUAUGUGGCCAAAAAGGCCGUUACCAGUAUCGCAUUCUGGUCAAAACAGGCUGGAAAAGAGGGUCUGGUACCACUGCUCAUGUUGGCAUUAGCCUGCAUGGACUGUAUAAAAGUGGUUCACGUCACCUCCAAAGAGAAGGAGCUUUCCAGAGGAACAGUCUGGAUGACUUCCAAAUUGAAACGGAUGCCAAUCUUGGAGAGAUCUGGAAAAUACGCAUCUGGCAUGAUAACACAGGUUUGGACCCAUCCUGGUACCUGCAACAUGUAAUAGUCUGGGAUUUACAGACAGAAAACUUGUUCUUCUUCCUCGUGGAGGACUGGCUAUCUGUGGAGAAUGAGAGGAACUCUGGAAGGGUGGAGAAAGUUGUUUUAGCUUCUUGUCCUCAGGAGCUUCAGCAGUUUAGGAGGGUCCUACAAGCCCAGUUGCUGUUCGGGCUUCGAGAGCACCAUCUGUGGAUCUCAUUAUGGGAACGGCCGGCCCACAGCAGCUUUAGCCGAGCACAGAGGGUCACAUGCUGCUGCCUCUUAUUACAUCUGUACCUGGCCGCUGGGGCAGCGUGGUAUGGAGCAGUGGGCAGAAAGGGCAGCAGUGCCCCAGUCUCUACACAUAUGUUGAUGAAUGCAGAGACCAUUCUGGUUGGAAUGACGGUGGCGGCCUUAAUGUUUCCUCUACAAACCGUUCUCAGGUUGCUGUUUCAAAAAAGCAAGGUGACAUUGGCGUUGUCUCUGCCUCCAUCUCCUGUGUCUCACAGCGUGGAGAUGGAUGUAUUCCUCAAUGGCCCCAAUUUCUCCUGCUCCUCUUUUCUGUCGCUACCCACUGGCCCUGACUCCUCCAUAUAUGAUGGACCGUCUCCUUUCACUAACUCUUUGCAGAGCAAGAAUCUAGAUUCAGAGUUUUGGAAAGAUUCAGAUCACAGCGAUGACCGAUUGGAUCACUGGGCAUCAUGUGACAGUAUCUUUGGCCUGUCUGAGUUGUCAGGAGCUACUAACCUCCUGAAAAGAAAAAAAGCCCUUCUACAGCUACAUUUGUCUACUCCGACCUCUGACCAUGACGCUUUGGAACCAACCAAGUCUCCAGAGGAAGAUCUUAGGUCUCUAUCUGGAGACAUGGACCCCACUAACACUCUCUCCUCAGAACCAGCAGCAUCUGACAGCGGCCAUUUUACACCCAAUGAGAGCACCCUGUCGGAAGAUCAAGACAGCUUGUGUAGUGAUUGGUCUGAUCUGAGCCUGGAUACUCCUACAUAUGAAACCGACUUCCACAAAUCCUGCGCCACUCUCUCAGUUCUCAGUGAGGCCAGUACAUUCCUUCCAAGCCUCCCACCUGACUCUAUAAGCACCACGUCCAACACACGCAUCGGUGUUGUUCGUGGUGUCCCUGCCUCGAGUCUUCCGGCGUGUGUUCUGCGUGUUGUUCAUCUCCUGGUGGCUGUUCUGCUGGGAACAUGCUUGGCUCUGGUGGGACUGUAUGGCAGCAGGUUUUCCAGCUCUGUGGUUCUCAUGUGGCUUGUAUCGGCCCUGUCUGCCUUCCUCACUUCCUCCCUGCUGUUGGAACCAUUUGCAAUAUGUGUUCAGGCACUAUAUCUGGCUGCUGUGGUGAGACCAGUGGACCCUGAGGUGGAAGAGCGUUUGGCUCAGGAGACAGAAGUGAGAAGGACAGAAGAUGAUGUAGGUGAUAAGGUGCACCCUCCCUCUGGAUACGGCCUCCUGCAGGCGAAAGAGGAAGCACGGAAAUUGAAAAAGCUGAGAGUUCUAAUGAGGAAUUGCUUAGUCUACAUGCUGUUCCUGUUAGUAGUUCUGAUGGUGAACUACCAGGAAAAUGUGCAGGAGACCAGCAGCAGACUGCUUCACUCAGCCAUUAAACACACGCUGAUCUCUGCUUCACCAGAGCAGCCCGCUCUCAAUGCAUUAUCAGGAUGGAUGAAUGCUGAGCAGUGGAUUGACAAGAAAUUAACAUCGCAUUUGUAUAAAAACCCUUCUCUUUCUUUGAUCGGUCUGCCACGUCUUCAGAAAAUUCAUUCUCAGGACUUCUGCAGUCAAAACAUCAGAGAUCUGUUCCAAUCUGGUCGACAUCCUUUGAUGCUGGCUUCUCACUUUUCAUCCCAUGCCAACCCUGGACACCAGAGAUCCUCAGAAUCCAUCAGGAACACUCCAGCUCUAUUAACUCGGUCAUCUAAGGACGUCUUAUGCACGUCUGAUCAGACAGAAAAAGUAUUUCUUGGAAACAGCAGUGAAUCUGCACGUCGGAUCCUGUCGGAACUUCAGACAUCAAACUGGAUGACAACAGGGACGCAGGCGGCGUUGAUUGAGUUCACUCAGUAUCACAAAGAGACGAGUAUCCUGGCACCCGUCUCUAUUCUUCUAGAUCAGAAGCAGACAGGCCAAAUCUUUGCUUUUAUCUCCAUCCAGCCUUUUCACGUAACUCCGUUUUCUGGUGCAGACUUACACGUCACAUUGACGGUUCUGCUUCUGUUGUUUGGCCUGUGUUUUCUGAGUGCUGAAAUAUGGACUUGGAUGAGGAAGCCACAUCAUUACCUGAGACAGACCUGCUGCUGGUUUCAGCUUCUGUUAGCCUUUCUGACACUAGCGGCAGCUGUCCUUCGACUGUAUUUCCUCUCCACGGCAGAAUCUUGUCUCUCCAGACACCGCUUGCAGCCCGACUCCUUUACAGACUUCCAGAGCGUUGCUUCACUGGCCAGAAAAUCCAGUCAGCUCUCGGCUGUUUUACUAACCCUCUUGGUUUUAAAGAUGGUGGGGGUCUUGAGGUUUGUUAGAAGAUGGCUGGUGUUGGGACGGGUUAUUCGACAGGUAUUCCCUCAGAUCUGUACCGUGACACUUCUGCUGCUGCUCCUGUUACUUCUCUUCUCUCAUACAGGCAUUAUGCUUUUUUCCAGUUCAGUGGAGGGCUUUAGGACAUUGGGUCAGGCGAGUCACUCUCUGCUAUGCUUGUUAAGGGGACACAACAGCCUGCAUCGACUUUUUGAGCAACAUCCAGUGGUGGGCCCGCUCUACUGCCUGUGUGCCUUAGGCAUUGCAUUCUGGGUAGUUGGGCGUCUGUGUGCUGCUGUACUGAUUCAAACGUACCGAAUGGUACAGGCAGACAUUAACAGGCCGCCCAUAGAGCCGCAGGACUAUGAGAUGGUACAGUUUCUCAUUAAACGUCUAAAGCUAUGGAUGGGGCUCAGCAAAACCAAAGAGUUUAGGCACAGAGUCAAGUUUGAGGGAAUGGUUCCUCCUCCCUCCAGAUCCUCUCAGGACUCUCAAGCCUCCAACUUCUCCAGUCCUAUGGGACCCCGCCAGGCGUCACCUGCAUCCAUGGCCUCUGACUUCACUGUCAAUUCAGACAGUUUGGACUUUAACCAUUACGUGGACCGCCUGGCGCCUGUUGUCGAUAGCCUUCUGGCUUGUUUCGACCGCAUCAACCAUGUCACUGAGGAAGUAUAUAACUUUGAGCUGCAACUUGAGGAAGUCCAGAAAAUAAUUUCCCAAAGAAAACAUCCUCAGCAAGUAACCACCAAGGGACGCACUCCAACUCCAAAGCUACCACUACACGCUCAAACCCCAUCUACUUCUUUCUUGGAAUGUAAUUCCAGUCCAUCUUCUGUUCAAGGCAUCUCCAAAGGCCUUCCACACCGACGUGGUACCCACUCAGAAUCUUCCUUCUUGGGUCCAAGCUUUCGCUUCAGUAAGAGAAUACUUUCUGCGCUGGAUGGAAGGAAAAACAGUGCAAGCUCUGGAAACGGGGGCGUUCCGAAACGUAGAGCCUGGAAUUCGAUGACAUGUCAUUCCGCUGACACGGCACAAAGGUUACCUGGAUCUCAGAGGGUUGUGAUCUUGCCAGUAAGACCCUGCAGUGAAGAGGGAGACAGGGAACUUGUGCAGCAUGGCGUGUCUAUUAAGAGACAGGCUUGGCACACUGAAUAAAUAUAACGGGCAAAUACCAAAUGGCAUUUUCGAAUUGAUGAGAGUGACUGAAUCUUUUCACAAAGAGCACUUUACUUAAGAGUGCAUACGACAAUAUAUGUAAUGCCAUUAUUAUGUUUCGAAUAUGGACAGCCUACUAAUUUUAUUCUGGUCAUUUCAAAGAAUUCAAACAAUGAAGACAGCAUGUUAGGCACCUAAUGGAUUUUCAACAGUGUGUUUACAUGUCUGAGCUUUACAGUAGUUAUCUACCUCUUGACUGGUGUGUUUGCACGUCUUAUGUUGAAGCAUUUGUUUACUUUAUCUUUAGUGUUUAGCUUAUUUAGUUUUUA